GCGACGACCAUAGUUGACCAUGGUCGACUAUGGUUGACGAUGGUGCUUUCCUUUAUCACUCGUUUAAAGACUGCAACCGGGCGUUUUUGAGAAGGCGGCGGGUAGCAGACAGUUUUCUGGUCUAUUGUUUGACAACAAGCGGAAUACGAGAAGACUCAGUAAAAGUGUGAAAUUAAGUUUACUUACUGCAGUUUGCUUUGAAAUAUCGUUUGGAUGCUGUGCUGACGAAAUUAUAGACUUUGAAUUCGACGUAUGCAAGAUGGACUGGAACGAAUUUAUUAGGAAUGAUUUGGAACGCGGAGUCCUUCAAAAUGUCCCUUCUAGUAGCAGUAGCAGUAGCAGUAGCAGUGAGGCAAGGUCAGACAGUUCUGACUCCAGUCUUGAGGAUGCUAUCCUUCUGGACUCCAAUAGCGAAUCAGAAGAUGAACGUGAUGAACUGGCACAGCUAUUUGCUGGUUAUGCAAACAUACAGUUUGGUGCCCCUCGAUCAAGAGUUGACAACUUUCUGGAGAUUGUCAGGGAAAAAAGCGAUGAAGAAUUUCGUAGUGACUUCAGACUGUACCGACCUGUUGCUUAUGAACUAAUUGCUUCUUUGGAUGCAAGUGGAGUCCUCCCCAACCAUCUUUUUGGGAAAGAGAAAAAGAGUGCAGAGUUCAGCUUUUUACUGUUUCUCUGGUUUGUGAGCUGUGGCUCCAUUCUCAGAGAUAUUGCCAAUACAUUUGGAUGUGGCACAAGUACUGUGUUUAGAGUGGUGCGUAGAGUUACUGAGUGGCUUACAACCAUUUCGAAUGAACAUAUUAUUUGGCCUAGAGGGGGAAACAUUGAACAAACUGCCGCUGCAUUUGCUAGAGCUGGAGCUAAUAUUCGCAACUGUAUUGGUGCUAUUGAUGGUUCCCACAUCUUCAUUGAAAAACCACCUGAGUAUGGAGUGGUUUAUUGGUGUCGCAAGGAAAGGUAUUCCAUUGUACUUCAAGCUGUUGUAGAUUUUGAUAAGUUGUUCACCAAUGUCCAUUGUGGUGAUCCUGGCUCUUAUCAUGACACUCGUGUUUUGAGAAGAUCUGAAUUGUACAAUAUUGCAGAGCGCAACCUAGAGUAUCUUUUCCCGAAUGGAACAUUCCUAUUAGGGGACAAGGGAUAUGCUGGUGUGGGUAAAAAAUGGAUAGUCACUCCUUUCAAGGACUAUGGGAAUCAAACAGCGGAGCAGGCCGAUUUUAAUACUAGAGUGUCCACAACUCGAGUUGUUGUUGAGCAGGCUUUUGGCAUUUUAAAGAAUCGUUUCAGAUACUUGAGGGGAAUUAUGCCACUUAGGGAUGUCCAAUUUGCUGCACAAUUAGUUGUAGCUUGCUGUGUUUUGCACAAUAUUUGCAUAAGGAGUAAUGAUUAUGGAGAAGACUUCAGAGAGGAUGCUGAGGAUGAAGAUGACAAUGAAAGUGAAGGUGAAGGUGAAGGUGAACAUGAUGACAAUGCUCCUGUGAAUAUUCCUGAUAAUCGAACACUCGAAGUCUUUAGACAAAUGUAUCCUGGUGCUGCUGAACCAGCAAAUAGGCGUGUACGCAACAAUGAUUAAUUUGAAUGCAUGCAACAACAUGUGCUGUAAACAAGUGUUAUAGUAAAGGCAAAUAAGAUAAGGCUAAUUUCAA